GACAUGGUUAAACCCUGAAUAACGAAUAAUUUAACAAAGUAAUACUAAUAACAACAAACGAGUAAUAGACACGAUACACGAUAUAAUAAAUACAGUUGUUGUCAACAAAUGCCUAUGGUUGACGAUUCUUUGGAUUAGUAUCAACGUAAAUUUAAUUAUUUUCGUGUAUUAACUACGAAAGAAAAUUAACAGAAUUUAAAGAAACUAUCAAACGUUUUAAGAAUAACUAACAAAUAUGAAGCUCGACGUGUACAACGACAUAGUAACAACAAUUCGAAAAUUCCAAGGUCUGUCAAAGGAUUGUAGAGAUUUAUUAAAAGAAAAAUAUACCAACAUUCCAGUAAAUGUAUUGUACAGCAUAUUAUCUUUAGAAAUACAGCAUAAAAUGAAAGUCAAUCAUAGCAAGUUGUUUGGCAACAAUAAGAACUAUUAUGAUACUUACAUAGAAGCUGUACGAAAGGGAGAACCUGUUGGAAUUUUAUUAAAAAUGGCAAAAGAUAUUGGUGCCCAGCCUGCAUUAUUAGCUAGAAAUGUUCUUGAAAAACAUUGUGGACGAGAUGAUUCUAAUGUUUCUCGAAACGAAGUUAGUAAGUUAUUUAAAGACACUACUCUCAUUCAGGACAAGGACCUUGCAUAUGAAGUUUAUUUGUGUAUAUUAUAUGAUAAUUUAUAUGGACCUAUAACAGAUGCUAUCGGAAUUUCUGUAGGUCAAGAGUAUGAGUUGAAAUUACAAAAUUGUUUGACAGAACGAAAUCUUGCAUUUCGUAAUGAGGAACACUUACGAUCGCGGGGAUACGACAAAACUCCAGACUUCAAACUAGAAGUACCAAUCGCAGUAAAUGGUUUUGUAAUUAAUUGGAUAGAAUCUAAAGCACGAUUUGGCAAUAUGGAGAUACAUCAAAAGGAUAGAAUGGCCAAUAAAACAACGACCAAUUUGAAAUCGCAGGAACAGCCCAUGAAAACCGCGGUACAAUUACAACUUGCCAGAAUUAAAAUAGAGGAGGAAGAAGAAUUAUGGAUAUCGGGAGAAGAAUUGUAUACCGAGGGAAGCAGCGACGAAGAAGAAUAUAAACAAUUAAAAUCACGACGCAAAAUCAAUAAUAAUAAAUCGUCACGUGCCUCUCCGGUUAACCCGAAUGUCGAAAGACGAUCUUGUUCGCCGUUUUCUACCGAAACUAAAACAAGUUUGGACCAUUCCGCCAAUGGCCCCAUGGACAGUAUUACAAAGAAACAAACGGUACCCAACACUUCGUCAACAUUUGAUAAGACCACCUCCACGUUUGAAAAAUUAUUAGAUUCAUCGGUGGAAUCCCAACAAAUACAGCAUUUUUCUACAACAGAAUCGCCUGCUACCUGUAUUAUGAAAGAUACAAACACCUCCGAUUUUUUCAUCGAAGAGAACCAGGUAGACAACACGGAAAUCUCGUGGAAAGCAAAAAAAGGUACAUUCGUUUUACCUAAUUCGAGCAAUAACGCCAAAGAAGAAUCAAACAAAUGCUGACACGCGUUAAGAUAAUUCUGUUGUCGUU